AUGUAUAUUAGGCGUGUGAUCAUCAAGGGUUUCAAGACCUACCGUAAUGAAACAGUCAUUGAUGAUUUUUCUCCACAUCAUAAUAUCGUUAUUGGUUCCAAUGGUUCAGGAAAGUCAAACUUCUUUGCAGCUAUAAGGUUUGUGUUAAGUGGUGAUUAUUCCAAUUUGAAACGAGAGGAGAGGCAGGGUCUAAUUCAUCAGGGUUCUGGUUCUGUGAUGAGUGCUUCUGUGGAAAUUGUGUUUCAUGAUCCGGAUCACCGUAUAAUCCUUCCAUCGGGUGUAGCACCAAGAUCAAAUGAUGAAGUUCUUGUCAGAAGAACGGUUGGGCUGAAGAAGGAUGAUUACCAGUUGAAUGAUAGGAAUGUCACUAAAGGGGAUGUGGUUCGAAUGCUCGAAAGCGCAGGUUUCUCAAUGAAUAAUCCAUACAACAUUGUUCCGCAGGGUCGUAUUAUCGCCUUGACUAACGCUAAGGAUAAAGAGCGGCUACAAUUAUUGGAAGAUGUUGUUGGUGCAAAAUCUUUUGAAGUUAAACUGCGUGCAUCUUUGAAGAAGAUGGAGCAAACCGAGCAAAAAAGGGCCCAGAUAGUGAAGGAAAUGGAAGAAUUGAAUGAUAAACUAAGUGAAAUGGAGGAAGAAAGAAAGGAGCUAGAAGUCUUCAAUAAUUUGGAGAGAAAUCGUAAAGCUUUUCAGUUUACUUUGUAUGACCGUGAAUUGAAUGAUGUCAUCAACCAAAUCGAGAAAAUGGAUGAUGUAUAUAACGUAACGCUUCACUCGUCCCACGAUUAUAUUACUGAACUGGACAAACGUGAAGACAUGGUUGAACAGAUCAACAAAAAUUUGCAAAAUUUGGAAUCAUCCAUAAAGAUUAAAGAAACAGCAGAAUUGUCACAAGCCAGAAGUAAACAUAACGAGUUGUCGAAUGCCAUUGCUAAUUUGAAUGUAAAAAUAAGGGACCUUCAGCGACAGGUGGUAUCUUACGAUGAACAAUCCGAUCUAAACAGGAAAAAUCUGGCGAUUAUUAACGAGGCCAUCGAGGCUAAACAAGCGCAGCUGGCAAAGAUCUCGCCCAGAUUCGAAUCUCUCAGUAAAGAAGAGGUCUCUUACAAAUUAGAACUUGCUGGUUUACAAGAAAAGCAAAGAGAUCUACUGCUAAUGAAAGGAAAAUACUCCCAUUUUCAGACGGUGGAGGAGAGGAAUGAGUGGAUUGAAGGGGAGCUGCGAAGUUUGAAUGAAACGCUUGCAAACACAACCCAUUUGAAGAGUCAAAUUGACAAUGAAAGAAACGAAUUGCAUGAGAAGUUGAACGCUACCGAAGAACAAAUACAAGAACUGGAAGACUCGGUAAGAGGGCCUGGCGUAGUUGCUGAGAUAGAGGAUAUAGAGAAAAAGGUCAAUGAUCUCAAAGCGGAAUACGUGGAAAAGAUAAACGAGAGAAAGGAGCUUUGGAGGUCAGAGCAAAAGCUGCAAACGAUCUCAGAAACAUUAUUGGAUACCGUCAAAAAUUCUGAGAGAAGUGUUAGUGAAACUAUGGCCAAGAGCCUUGCGAACGGAAUUGCAAGUGUCAGAGAGAUUACUGAGAAAUUAAGGCUACCAGAGGGACGCGUCUUUGGGACAUUGGGUGAGCUUAUUAAAGUUAAUGAAAAGUAUAAAAUGUGUGCCGAGGUUGUUGGUGGUAAUUCCUUAUUUCACAUUGUCGUUGAUACGGAUGAAACCGCGUCACUCAUGAUACAGGAGCUUUAUCGUAUGAGAGGUGGGAGAGUCACCUUCAUGCCUUUGAACAGGAUUUAUAAUGAUCCAAAUAUCACCUAUCCACCUAAUGCACAAUCUUCAUGCACUCCAUUGAUCAAGAAAAUUAAGUUCGACGCUCAAUUCGAAAGUGUUGUAAAGAACGUGUUUGGAAAGACGAUAGUUGUCAGAGAUCUUGCAGCGGGAUCCAAAAUCGCGAAGCACUAUAAGCUUGACGCUAUAACACUCGAUGGUGACAGAGCUGAUAAGAGCGGUCUAUUAACUGGAGGUUACCAUGAACAUCAUAAGAAGACAAGAUUGGAAUCAUUGAAGGAUCUGAAAAAUGCUAGGACCCAGUAUAAAAAGACUUCAGAUGAGCUUGAACAGAUAAGGCAAAAGAUACACACAGCGGAUGCAGAAAUCGAUAGCAUGAAUGGUCAAAUUAGGGUAGCUUCCAACAAGAGAGAAACUAUUCUCACAAAUGUCGAUGGCUUCAGGACUAAGCUGAACAACAAACUCAGUGAGAAACUUUUCCUGGAGGAGUCUGCAAAAUCCCUUGAGCUAAAACGCGAGAAAGCUGAAACGAGCAUCAAAGUCGUCCAAGCAAAGAUUGACUCCUAUACCUUAGACUUAACAUCAGAGUUUGAAACUCAGAUUUCGGCUCAGAAGCAAAAAGAACUGAACGAUUUGGAAAUUACACUCCAGAAAGUCCAGAAAAACCUGAAUACUACAACAGAAGCCCUUCAAGGCAUAACGACCAAGAUCGAUUCUCUAACCGCAGAACUCAAUUCAAAGUUAUUGCCUCAGAAGAGCGAGCUUCAAGCUAGCAAGCAUCAGGAUGGAGACGUUCUGGUUGCCGACUUGAAAAGCGAUUUGGAAUUAAUGAUAUCUGACAAACAAGGACUUGAGAAGCAGUUUGAAUCGAGCGGCAAGGAAGUUGAUGAGCUACAAACGGAGCUCGAAGGCUUGAAAGCAGAGAAGGGCAAGAACGAGUCACUGCUUGAAAAAGCGAACAGUCAACAAGCUCAGCUACUGAAAAAGCUCGAGACUUUUCAGAAGGAUGCUGAAAAGUCUAUGGUGAAAAAGACAACGUUGGCGUCUAGGCGUGAGGAGCUCCAGCGAAAGAUAAGGGAAGUUGGAUUACUCGCAGAAGAAGCGUUGAAUAGCUUUAGCAACCUGUCCAGUGAAGAGCUGCUGAGAAAGCUCAACGCUGUUAAUGAGGAUAUCUCGGGUCUGAAGAACGUCAACAAGAAAGCUUUCGAAAACUUUAAAAAGUUCCAUGAAAAGAAGCUCGAGUUGGAAGAUCGUUCCAAAGAGCUUGACGAAUCGAAGACAUCAAUACAAAAUUUGAUAGUGAAACUAAAACAACAAAAAGUAGCAGCAGUAGAUUCAACUUUCGAGAAUGUCUCUAGGAAUUUUACUGAAGUGUUCGAACAGCUAGUUCCCAGAGGUAAAGCGAAGCUGGUGAUACACCGCAGUUCAGACGCAAGAGAUGAUGACGUUGAUGCCGAGAAUGACACUGCAAUGACGGGUGAUGAUGAUGGAACUCAAACUGAGUCAAUGUAUACUGGGGUCUCGAUAUCAGUCUCGUUUAACUCGAAAAAAACGAGACAGCUUCAUGUCGAACAGCUAUCUGGAGGGCAAAAGACAGUUUGCGCUGUGGCCUUGAUUUUGGCUAUUCAAAUGGUGGACCCGGCUCCUUUCUACUUAUUUGAUGAGAUAGACGCGGCUUUGGAUAAACAGUAUCGGACUGCCGUGGCCGGGAUUAUCAAGGCUCUAUCAGCAAAUGCUCAGUUCAUUUGCACAACUUUUAGAACCGACAUGUUACAAGUCGCUGACAAAUUCUUCCGAGUCAAAUAUGAGAAUAAAAUCUCAACGGUUGUUGAAGUUGACAGACAAGAGGCUAUCAACUUCAUCAAGGGUACUAAUAAAUUAGCAGAGGUAUAA